AUAUGUGGAUAUUUUCUUGGUUUUGUGUCAUUUUAAUUAUCUUGGCUAUUGCUGGUGUGGACACAAUAGUAAAGACCACACCAUAUACCAAAUUCACGAAGAAGUCUGAGGGAAAAGAGAUGCCAAAGGGUCCAAAGCCAUCCAGUGGCCAACCUCCAGAAGAAGAAGAAACCCCCUUCACAGAAGUGGCUGAAAUGGCAGAACCAACCCCUGACCCCUCAGCUUUCAAUUCUGUCUUUGGUGCUGCCGCCCUCUUCCCCUCUGAAAACCUCACUCUUGACACGGCUGAUUUCUUCUUGAAUUGCUGUGAUUGUUGUUCAUCUGGAUCAGGGCAAAAAGGAGAACCUGGAGAGACUGGAAAGCCAGGUUUUAAGGGAGAAGCUGGUGAUAUGGGAAUCCUAGGGCCACCAGGAGUCCCUGGACCCCAAGGUCCAAAAGGCCAGAAAGGAGAGAAGGGACUUAAGGGAGAACGUGGGGAGCAAGGAACAAAUGGAGUUCCAGGAUACCCAGGAAAACCUGGAGUACCAGGUGGACUUGGUCCUAAGGGGGAUAGAGGAAAUAUUGGCCUGACAGGAGUGAAAGGACAAAAAGGCUCGAAGGGGGACACGUGUGCCAAUGGUACCAAAGGAGAGAAAGGAGAUAAAGGAGACCGAGGAGCUGUGGGUGCACCAGGCUUGAAUGGAGAGCCUGGGGCCAAGGGAGACAAGGGGGAGAUGGGGGAUAAGGGCUACUGUGGAGAUUUUGGGGAGAGGGGGGAAAAAGGAGAAAAAGGCGAGGAGGGCAUGAAAGGAGAAAAAGGUAGCAAAGGAGAUAUUGGAAUGGAAGGGAAAAGUGGUUCAGACGGGCUGCCUGGGCCCCAAGGUGAUCCAGGAGUUAAAGGAGAAAAGGGAGAGUUGGGUCCUCCUGGUCUUGUGGGACCUGCAGGGCCAAAGGGCGAACUUGGGAGCAAAGGGGUCCGAGGGUCUAUUGGGAAGAAGGGCUCACGGGGCCUCAAGGGCUCCAAGGGGGAGGUGGCCAGAGUCCCACGGUCAGCUUUCAGUGCUGCUUUAUCCAAGCCUUUCCCUCCUCCAAAUGCCCCUAUCAAGUUUGACAAGGUUCUCUAUAAUGACCAAGGGAACUACAGCCCUGUCACUGGGAAAUUUAACUGUAGUGUUCCUGGGGCAUAUGUUUUUUCCUACCACGUCACCGUGAGGGGCCGACCUGCUCAGAUCAGCCUGGUGGCCUGGAAUAGGAAGCAGUUCAAGUCCAGAGAAACGCUCUAUGGUCAUGAAAUAGACCAGGCCUCUCUCCUCAUCAUCUUGAAAUUAAAAGCAGGGGACCAAGUCUGGCUGGAAGUUUCAAAAGAUUGGAAUGGGGUGUAUGUCAGUGCUGAGGAUGAUAGCAUUUUUACUGGGUUCCUUUUGUACCCAGAGGAAAACCCUGGCAUUUCACCAUAAACUUGUAUCUUCAACACUGUAGUUUGGGUUUAGUGGAAUAAGUCAGGUAACAUUGGGUAGUGCUAUUGAAGAAAGUAAGCUUCAUUUUUUUCAUGAUUAU